AUAUUUCUUUCUUUCCUCAUCUGGCAUUUAUCUUCUUCUAAAUGAAAGUUCCAGUCGUUAACCGGGCCCUAUAUAAGGCUUCUCCCGUUCUCUCAACUCCCAGACUCCUCCUCCUCUCACCCCACUUAUAUAUCCACUCAAAUCUUCAAAACCCCUCCACUCCCAUGGCUGCCUGCAUCGAUACUCAGACCAACCAACUUUCUCGGGAUUCAAACAGGUCCAGUUCUGACGAAGACCCCUACCAAUUCAUGAACUUCUGCCGCUGCAGCUUCUCCGAUCAAGUUUCCUGCGCAUCCGUUUACCAGAACCGCACGAAAACCACUCAGACGCGCAGAAUCGUGGAGGAUUUCGACCCAGAUGAAGAUCUAUGGCUCAGAAUGCAGGACGAAGCUCGCUCCGAUAUUGAUGAUGAACCCAUCUUGUCAAAUUACUAUCACACUUCGAUUCUAUCGCAUGCUUCUCUGGAAAGUGCUUUGGCCCACCAUCUAUCCGUGAAAUUAAGCAAUUCCAGCCUCUCGUCUGCGACCCUAGUGGAUAUUUUCAUGGGGGUGUUCGCACACGAUCAGGAAGUGGUCAGGGCCGUGAAGGAUGAUCUGAGGGCGGUGAAGGAGCGGGACCCAGCUUGCGUUAGUUACUCUCACUGCCUGUUGAAUUUCAAAGGGUUUCUUGCGUGCCAAGCCCACCGGGCAGCGCACAAAUUGUGGUCGCAGGGGAGGCAGGUCCCGGCUUUGCUGAUUCAGAACAGAGUAUCCGAGGUUUUCGCGGUGGACAUUCACCCGGGGGCGAAAAUCGGAAGCGGGAUACUGCUGGAUCACGCCACCGGGCUCGUGGUGGGAGAGACGGCGGUGAUUGGAAACGAUGUGUCAAUUCUGCACAGUGUGACUUUGGGAGGGACUGGAAAGGUAUCCGGGGACCGGCACCCGAAAAUUGGGGAUGGGGUGCUGAUUGGGGCAGGGACUUGUAUUUUGGGGAACAUUAGGAUUGGGAAAGGGGCCAAGGUUGGGGCUGGGUCUGUGGUGAUAAAGGAAGUGCCGACGAGGACGACGGUGGUUGGGAAUCCGGCCAGGUUGAUUGGAGGGAAAAAUCCAGUUAAGUUGGAUACGAUGCCUAGUUCUACUAUGGACCAUACUUCUAAUAUAGUUGAGUGGUGUGAUUAUGUUAUUUAAGAGAAUAACUUACAUAAAACGGACUCUCGUUUGUCAAGGCUCCUUUGGGGGAUAUGUAUUUUUGGUGUAUUUUUCUGUUUGUGGUUUAAGUGAGAAUUGAAGUUCUCCUAAUAGCAAGCAGAGAGCCUCCUGCCUCCAUGCUGAAUAAAAGUUAUAUAAUACGUAGUGGGAUUUAUGCUUCUAGUGAGAAUUGAGGUUCUCCUAUUGGAAGCAUUGCUAUUGCAUGUACUGUUUUGUAUCAUUGUAAGAUGAAUAUGAAAGUUUGGAGUUAGUAUGUUUA